AUGGCCAAAGCUCGGGGACAUCAUGUUGUCUACUCUGCCCCCGGGUUUUCUGAGCUGCAGCCUAUCGAGAUGGUGUGGGCAAACGUCAAGGGAUCGGUGGGACGUGCCUAUACCUCAACAACAACAUUUCAAGAUCUUCGUCGACAGAAAAGCUAUUCAGACUUGAUCGUGCUCUACGGGAUGCUGAAUCGGAAGGUUCAGACCAAAAUCGCCAUGAAAAUGAGUGCGACACAUCCUCUGAUGACGGCAUGUCGUCCUCAAGCGCAUGUGACAGUGAUGGCGAUGAUUAGCAAGAAAUACCUCCAUUAG